GAAGGUGGGGAGACAUCCUGCAGCAAACAUGUCAGGCUGUUUGGAGCGUUAUGGGAAUAUACUGAAUGUUGACACAACUGGAGCUUCGGAGGCAACUGCGAAACCGGAAGGUCUGAGCUAUGCAGGAGUUUCUGCCUCGGAGAAGAUUGCAGAAGGAGAUUUGAAGAACAUGGAGAAAUACCACGCCAUGAUUACAAAAGUUGGCAACAGCAAGUGCGUUGAUCCAGCUGUGAUUGCUGGUAUUAUCUCUCGAGAGUCACACGCCGGGACAGUGCUGAAGGAUGGCUGGGGCGACCACGGAAAUGCAUUUGGUUUAAUGCAGGUUGACAAACGUUACCAUAAGAUUGUCGGGUCAUGGGACAGUGAAGAGCACUUAGCACAAGGCACGGAGAUUUUAUGCGGGAUGAUAAGGGAAAUCCAGAAGAAAUUCCCAGCAUGGACAAAGGAACAGCAGCUCAAAGGUGGGAUUUCAGCCUAUAAUGCGGGACCUAACAACGUCCAGAACUAUGACAGAGUGGAUAUUGGCACAACACACAAUGACUACGCCAAUGAUGUGGUUGCAAGAGCCAAGUUUUAUAAGAGAAAUGGAUACUGAGGUAUCUGAGCGAUGCUUAGAUUUGAGUCACUGGUUGAAUAUUUUGCUUCUAAUUAAAAAAAUCCUGGAUGUCUCCCCCAGAAGCAGUGAGAACGGAGGGGAGCGAUGAAGGCAGAAACAAGUGCAAGCUUUCAAUGUUUUUUUUCAGCUAAAGCUACAAAAAUCACUUCAAAAGAUAACACUGCUAACAAUCCAAACGGUAACCUAUCUUUUGGCAUUUAUUUUUUAGCUCACUUCAUGAGAAUAUUCAAGCAGAGUUUUCAUCUGUGCUUGCAGUUUCUCAAGCAGCAGAUUAAUGCUGCAAGAAAGUCAUGACACUGCUUAACAAGAUUUUAUCUGCUUCAGAUUUUAUCUAUCAGUUCAUGCGUCUAACAGCAGUACAAAAUUGGUUGUUAACAAUUUGCAAUUUUGGAAUUGAAUAUUUGCAAUAAAUAUUGUGCAUGUUUAA